GGCAUCGCGGAUACGCGUAAAGUUUUCAACCCGCCGUCCGUCGAUCGUGUGCGGUGCAGUUCGUUGACGUCAUUCGUGCUGUUCGGUUGCUCGUUUCUGUACGUGCUUUCUGUGGUCUGCCUGCCAGCAGCAUUUGCACCGUACGUACUGACCAGAGCCUGCACUAUUUUCUUUCGCGCACGCGAUUUCGGACCACGUUUCGAUUGGUUUCCUGAUAAUACAGCUGCCACGCUUUUUGGGAGGCGUCCCAACCAAUCAAAACAAAAGAAAACUAGCUCUGAUUGUCGCCUUUCUCGAGUGGAAUUUCGAAUUUGGCAUCGCGAAGAGCAGGAAAAAGAAGCAGUUCUACACCUUGUUACAUGCAAUUUCGAUCGGAUUUUUCUGUGCGGUAGUGUGUGCGUGCAAUCAUCGGUCGCUUUGGUGUAUUCUGCUUGGCUGUCAAAAAUUUAUUGCAAGUUUCUUUUCGUCUAACCAUCGGGUGAUGUUUUGCUAGCGUCCUGGUUAUAUAGUUGUAAUAACAUAUUUUUAAGCUCUUUCGUGGAGGAAAGUUACGCAAAGAAUUGUGAAUAUAUGUGGAUCUUUGAUUUACUGUUGCGGCAUUGGUCACAGUCAACCAUAUUUCGUUGCAUAUGUGUGAGUGUGGUGAUUGACAGAAUGGAAUAAAGAUAAACGGUGCACUCGACGCUAGUGUUGGUGUAUUCAUUGUGCCUGACAGCUAACCAAAAGUGAGGUAUAUUUCGAGUCAUCGGUAGUGAGCCUAAAUUUUUCUAAAGUUCCAUCGGAGUUAAUCUGAUUUUUUAAGAAUAUCUCAUCGUGGUUACAAGUAUCAAGUGGAGUGUCUGCUACAUUCAGUGUGCAUCAGUCGUGGGUGCCGAUUUUAAGCGUGAAAAGGUUGCCCUGUGGAAAAAGUCACAAUAAGCUAGCGAAAUAGACGACAACAGCAGCAGCAGCAGCACAGAGAUGAUGAAAAUGGAGACCGAUAAAAUAAUGGACGAGUCCAACAACAGCAGCCCACAGUUCACUACAUCUGUACUGUAUGAUCCGGCGCGGAAGAAAGAACCGUCCCAGUCGUUUCAGACUGAACGGGACGCUUGCCUAUCCUACUUCACCAAGUGGAACGAAGCCGACCAAGUGGAUUUUGUAGAGCAGCUCUUGUCCCGCAUGUGCCAUUACCAACACGGACACAUUAAUGCCUACCUGAAACCCAUGCUGCAGCGGGACUUCAUCACUUUAUUACCGACAAAAGGAUUGGAUCACGUCGCCGAGAACAUUCUAUCCUACCUGGAUGCCAAAUCGUUGUGCCGGGCGGAGCGCGUCUGCAAAGAAUGGUCUCGCGUUAUAUCCGAAGGUAUGCUCUGGAAGAAGCUGAUAGAGCGAAACGUCCGCACGGAUUCCCUCUGGCGAGGGCUGGCAGAGCGAAAAGGAUGGAUAAAAUAUCUGUUCAUACCGCGCCCGGGCGUCACACACCGACCGCACAAAUUCUACCGAGAAUUGUUUCCGAAGAUUAUGAAGGAUAUAGAGGCGAUCGAAAACAAUUGGCGCACGGGAAAUCACAACCUACAGCGGAUAAACUGUCGAUCGGAGAACUCGAAGGGCGUUUAUUGCUUGCAGUACGACGAUGAUAAAAUUGUUUCCGGUCUGAGGGAUAAUACUAUCAAAAUCUGGGACCGAAAUUCGCUGAAUUGCUGCAAGAUUUUAACCGGUCACACUGGCUCGGUCCUCUGCCUGCAGUAUGACGACAAGGUAAUCAUCAGUGGUUCCAGCGAUUCCACAGUCCGUGUAUGGGAUGUCAACACUGGUGAUAUGGCGAACACACUGAUACAUCACUGUGAAGCGGUGCUGCAUUUACGCUUCAAUAACGGCAUGAUGGUGACCUGCUCAAAGGACCGCUCUAUCGCCGUAUGGGACAUGACAUCACCGACAGAAAUUGCCCUGCGGAGGGUGCUGGUCGGCCACCGGGCGGCAGUUAACGUUGUAGACUUUGACGAGAAGUAUAUAGUUUCAGCAUCUGGUGAUCGCACGAUCAAGGUGUGGAACACCUCAACGUGCGAAUUUGUUCGGACGCUAAAUGGCCACAAGCGUGGCAUUGCCUGUUUACAGUACCGGGACCGUCUGGUUGUAAGUGGCAGCUCAGACAAUUCUAUAAGACUUUGGGAUAUUGAGUGCGGUACCUGUUUGCGGAUUCUCGAGGGUCACGAAGAGCUUGUCCGCUGCAUUCGGUUCGACUCGAAACGCAUCGUAAGCGGCGCUUACGAUGGCAAGAUCAAGGUGUGGGAUCUCCAAGCUGCCUUAGACAUUCGAGCGCAGACCAACACACUGUGCUUAAAGACUUUAAUGGAACAUACGGGCCGAGUUUUCCGGCUGCAGUUCGACGAGUUUCAAAUUGUGAGUAGCUCCCACGACGAUACCAUCUUGAUAUGGGACUUCCUCAACUGCUCGCAAAAGGACGAAACGACGACAACGCAAGCUCUGGGCCAGGUGGGCCGAAGUCCAUCACGUGAGUAUUCUGCCUCUGCUGCUGCUGGUGGCCGAGCUCAGCCCCAGCAAGAGACUGAUGAUGAUGAUGCAUACUAAAACGAUACAAUAACCAGCGAGCAAAAUAAUCCUAAACUAGAUUGAAAUAAACAUGGCAGUAAACAAACAUCUUCUUUUGAAAAUUAUUGUAUGCACACACACACACACAAACACAACUCAAAGCUAACUACAACCUAUUGCUUAUUUUUGUUCUUCUCUUCUCUCCUGCACGACGACGUUUCGGUUACGGGUGAGAUAUGCCAUGUGCGCGCGGGAUCGUUCGAAAUAUUAGCUGAAAUCACGUAAGGAUUUACCGCGCGGAAGCAUGUGUUUGUGUAACUGCUAUCAUUCGAGAAAAAAAACAAUAGAUAUUAAACCAGUCAACCCUGUCGCGUUUGACAAACAAUAGCAAAAUCUACGUGAGCAGGCAACACAUACACACACUUACACAUAAAUACAUUCUUAAAAAAGAUGCUGAUCGUGCCACCCCUAUGUAAUUUAGGGCGUGAAACAAAACGUGCAUGUAUGGCGACCAGAGUUAGGAUUGUAUUCCCUCAUAAUGAUAACAGAUUUGAAAAUAAACGCUCGUGAAAUUCAGUUAACUCACGAGAAUAUCUCGUGGCAACAGAAUAAAUAGAAUGAAUGACGCAUAAACAGCAUAAAAACAAAUCUACUAAGCUUUGUAUAGCGAAACAAACAAUUGCGGAAGCUUGUAUGUAUGGUUGCAUGUUUGUUUAUUACUUCACUGCACUGUUAAUGUUAGUUGUAGCAAUAGCAGGUAUCAGGAUAAACCGAAACCGGCGAUUGUUUAAUUGUGUAGCAAAAUCUAAAAGAUAUUUUAAGCUAUUUCACAUGCAUAAAAAUGCUUUUUGGUUGUUACAUACUUCAAAUUCCAAUUAUUGCUUUCUUCACUACCAAUUACAACCGAGGUUCCGAGAAUACAAACCCCAUCUUUUUCGGUUGAGGAAGUUUACGCCUGACUCCGUUUUGCUUUGCUAGUGAAUCGAUUUUUUUUUCAUUUGUGGAUUUAGAGUUCUGUUCGUAUAUGCUAUCUGAUAAACCGUAGGCUUAGGUUGUGCAGGUAAAUUGGGAGUUAAAGUUGUGCGAGAGUGCAUGUUGCGUGUCAGACUGUCGUGUAUGUGUGGAGAGGAAGGAAACAGCGGCCUGCCAGGUUAGAUAAAUUUUAAACCUUUUUAAGUAAUAGCUAUUUGAUUAUGAGUGAAAACUGUACGUGGGAUGAAUGUCCCGAAAGAAGCGCUGUUGUUUAUUAGUAAUACCAAUAUAAUUUAUGGAAGCUCUAGAGCGACUAGAAAUAAAGAUUGAUCCGCUAAUAGUAUAGUAAUGAUAGAAACACAAAUACCGUCAACCCGUGUAGAAUUUUCCCUUUCAAAAACACCUUUAAACAAAGUACAGUGGAUAUGAGAAAACAAUAACAGACCAGUUGUUAUCUAUUAAUCGUUUCACGUUUCGGAUUACGGUAAACAUGUGCAAAAUUAAAAAAAAAAGAUGUAUCAUAAAUCAUGGAAUUUAUUCUCAGAACUAGGUAACGUUAUAUUUGAAAAUCAUUCGACUCUGUAGAGAAGCGAACCUUACUUGCACGUCAACGAAAUAGUCCGCUUAGCUAUAGGAGUGCUGGCUUCGGAAAGAUCUGAACUCAAGAGAAUCUAUUAUGUAUAUGAAACGACGCAUAUAGAUGAGGAAGAGAGGUGUGUGUUGAAAGGACGCAAGAAUUAUGAAACCUGCUUGUUGGGGAAAAGCAAACCGGAAAAAAUAUAUUCAUCUGGAAAUAUGUAAAUUAGA